UUAUUUUUGUUUUUUCCACAGACAGAGCAUUGCUAAGCUAGGCAGGGCUGCUCUUCCCCUCUUGUUUUCGGUACUUCUUUCUGCUGGGGAACCAAAAUGUCAGCAAAGGUGUUACCAUUCUACCAAAAGAAGCAGAAACAUUUUGACCUGGAUUACAGGAACACCCAGGCCAGAUAUGCAAUCCAAGAGUAUACUGCUGCAAGGGCUGCCCAGAGAUCAGCUGUAAGGACUUCAUCCACAUCUGCAUCUCCUCAGUUUGUUCCUCAUGCAGAAAGAUUCCGCACAUCUGCUGCAGAUGAACAGUUACAGUACACAGUUCCUCCUUUUAGGAAAAGAACUGAAGGACCUAGUGAAGGUGCAAGCAGAAGUGUCCGUUUCAGCAGUCAGCUUGCGCAAAUUGAGGAGGAAAUUCAGAGAGCCAGAAGUGCCGCUCGAGAACACCUUGACAGAGUUACUAUCCAACGAAUGGUGGAAGAGAGAGCUGCCUUGGAGAGACAUAUUCAUGAGGAAAGCAUGAUCCGAUCUCCUGAUAUUCUGGUCAGACUGAGGUCACACACUGUUUGGGAAAGGACACCUGUAAAAUUUUUCUUCACAGUUCAGGGAUAUCCUGACCCUAUUGUCAAAUGGUAUAAAAAUGAUGUGCUUAUUACUGCAGCAAGUGAACCUGGAAAGUAUCAUUUCACCAACAAAUACGGAGUGCAUUCCUUGGAAAUUAACAGAUGUGACAUUCAUGACACAGCAACCUAUACAGCAGUGGCAGUAAACGUGCAUGGACAGGCAGCUACCAAUGCAGCCCUUAUUGUAAAGAGGUACAGAGGGGAAGAAGAACCAUAUCAUUCAGUUUUGCUACCUCUAAGACUUCCUGCAUUACCAGACAUUGUUUUCACUCAUAUCGAUGUCCAGUUUUUGGAAAAGUUUGAUGUUAGUUUUGGAACUGAAGGAGACACGCUUACUCUUUCCUGCUUGUUACUGGUUACACCAGAUCUUACUCGACUCAAGCCUCAGGCACAGUGGUUCAGGGAUGAUGUACUAAUUGAGGAAUCCAAGUGGGCAAAGAUGUCGUUUGAAGAAGGCCGUGCCACUAUUAACAUGCCUCACCUGAAUAAGGAUGAUGAAGGCCUGUACACACUGAGGAUGGUCACAAGAGGAGGUGUAAAUCAGCACAGUGCUUAUGUUUUUGUAAGAGAUGCAGCAGCACCAGUCGUUGGAGCCCCUGGAGCCCCAAUGGAUAUUGCCUGCUAUGAUGCGAAUAGAGACUAUGUUAUUGUUACCUGGAAGCCACCAAACACAGCUAGUGAAAGUCCUGUUAUUGGAUACUUUGUUGACAGGUGUGAAGUUGGUGCUGAGAACUGGAUUCAAUGUAAUGAUGCUCCGGUGAAGAUCUGUAAAUAUCCUGUAACAGGCUUACAUGAGGGUCACUCGUAUGUAUUCCGUGUGAGGGCUGUAAACAAGUCUGGUAUUAGCAAGCCUUCUAGAAUUUCCAAUCAAGUAGCAGCCCUCGAUCCUGCUGAUUUGGACAGGUUACAUACCAUCCAUCUCGAAGGAGGAAAGAAGCUUGUAAUCUGUGAAGAUGAUCUGGAAGGUGAGGUAAAAGUUCCAGGAUCUCCCACCAAUGUGUAUGCUUCAGAGACAAGCAAGACAUAUGUUGUCCUCAGCUGGGAGCCACCAGUCCCUCGUGGAAGAGAGCCAUUGAUGUAUUAUAUUGAAAAGUCACUUGCUGGAAGUACUGGCUGGCAGAGGGUAAACCCGGAAGUUGCGAUUAGAUCCCCACGGUAUGCUGUUUUUGACCUUGCUGAAGGAAAAUCCUAUUCUUUCCGUGUCCUCUCAGUCAACAAGUAUGGGGUUAGUGACCCUUCUGUGCCAACAAAACCAGUUCAGGCUGCUGAACGCAUAGGUGUUCCCUCUGCUCCAGGCCGAGUACUUGCUACCAGGAAUGCAAAAACUUCAGUAGUGGUUCAGUGGGAGAAACCUAAACUGGGAGAGGAACUUCUAGGCUAUUACAUUGACUCCAGCAUAGUGGGCUCAAACCACUGGGAACCAUGCAACCACAGACCCAUAAAAUAUACCAGGUUUGUUGUACAUGGACUAACCACUGGGGAAAAGUACCUUUUCCGUGUGAAGGCUGUAAAUGCUGUGGGAGUCAGUGAAAAUUCUCAGGAGUCUGAAGCAAUUAUAGUGCAGCCAGCUCUAACGAGUCCUUCCCACCCAUAUGGAAUCACACUUCUUAACUGUGAUGGCCACUCAAUGACUAUUGGUUGGAAGUUACCAAGAUUUACUGGUGGGUCAGACAUCACUGGAUACUACAUAGAUAAACGUUUGAAGGAUGAAAUUCUGUGGGAAGAAGUAAACCCAAAGCCUGUAACUCUAAGGGUUCAUAAGGUUGAGAACCUGAAGGAAGGCUCUUCUUAUGAAUUCAAAAUUUGUGCAGCCAACAUUGCUGGUUUAGGUCUGCCAUCAGAUCCCAGUGAUUUCUUUAAAUGUGAAGCAUGGACCAUGGCAGAACCAGGUCCUGCCUAUGAUCUGACAUUCCUGGAAGUGAGGAACACAUCCCUGGUGAUUCUAUGGAAAGCCCCAAUAUACACAGGCAGCAGUCCUAUUUCUGGCUACUUUGUGGAUUACCAAGAACUUGACGCACAAGAAUGGGUUACAGUGAGUCAAAAGACCACACCAAACCGUUACUUGAAGGUAAAUGGUCUGGAAGAAGGAAAGACCUAUGUUUUCAGAGUCCGGUCUGUUAAUGCUGCAGGCCCUGGCAGGGCAUCUGAUGUCUCAGAACCUGUACUGGUCAAAGUCAGGCCAGGAACUAAGGACAUAAGUUCAGGAGUUGAUGAAGAAGGCAACAUUUUCUUGGCCUUUGAAUGCAAGGACAUGACUGAUGCCUCCAGUUUUAUUUGGAACAAAUCCUAUGAAGAAAUUACUGAUACUAAUAAGUAUGGUGUUGAAACAGUGGGGCCAGUCUCCAAGCUGUACUUUAAAGAUCCAGACAAGAACGACUUGGGAAACUAUUCUGUUGUUGUUACAGACACCGAUGGAAUUUCCUCAAGCUAUUCACUGGAACCAGAUGAACUAGAGCGUUUGAUGGCUUUAAGACAUGAAAUAAGGCAUCCAACAAUACCUUUGAAGUAUGAACUGUCUUAUGAAAUCUUUGAAAAAGGUCAGAUUCGGUUCUGGCUACAGGCUGAAAAGUUGUCACCAUCAGCAGAGUAUCACUUCAUCAUAAAUGACAAAGAAGUCAAGAAUAGUGAGACCCACAAAAUUAAGUGCAAUGUACCAGAUGGCAUUAUUGAGAUGUGGAUGGAUAGAUUUACGAUUGAAAAUGAAGGUACCUACACUGUACAGAUUCAGGAUGGAAAAGCCAAGAACCAGUCAUCCCUGGUUCUUAUUGGGGACGCAUUUAAAGCUGCUUUGGCUGAAGCAGAAUUCCAGAGAAGAGAAUAUCUUAGGAAACAAGGGCCACAUUUUCUGGAGUAUUUGCGAUGGUUUGUUACAGAAGACUGCAAUGUUAUGUUUGAUUGCAAGGUUGCCAAUACUAAAAAGGAAUCUGUCUUUAAGUGGUUGAAGGAUGAUGCUGUGGUUGUACCUGAAGAGCCACCAAAUUUGCAGACUGGAGUCUGCCACCUACUUAUUACAGAGUUUUCUAAAAAGGACCAAGGCGAAUAUAAGGCAAAAGUGAGUGAUGACAGAGGUCAGGAUGUGAGCACUCUUGAUGUAUCGGGCAAAGUAUAUGAAAAUAUUAUCCUGGAGCUCAGCCGUGUCAGUGGAUCUUCUGCUUCUGACUUGAAAGUCCACUGCACCCCUGAUGGAAUAAGGCUUCAGUGUUUCUUAAAGUAUUUCCUAGAAGAUAUGAAAGUUGCAUGGUAUCACAAAGAGUCAAAGAUUUCCUCAACAGAUAGAACAAGAAUUGGUGGGACAUCUGAUCAAGCUUGGAUGCAGAUUUGUGGACCCACAGAUAAGGACAAAGGAAAAUAUACCUUUGAGAUCUUUGAUGCCAAGCAGUCAUACAAGCGUACUAUUGAUCUAUCUGGACAAGCUUUCGAUGAAGCAUUUGCAGAAUACCAAAGGCUAAAGCAAGCAGCCUUUGCAGAGAAGAAUCGUGGAAAAGUUGUAGGAGGUCUGCCUGAUGUUGUGACUAUCAUGGAAGGCAAGACUCUGAGUCUAACCUGUACUGUCUGUGGUGAUCCUGCACCUGACGUGGUCUGGUUCAAGAAUGACAAAGAACUGGAACUAAACGACCAUUACAGGGUUUCACUGGAACAAGGAAAAUUCGCCAGCCUGACAAUCAUAGGAGUCUGCUCUGAGGAUUCGGGUAGAUAUGGCAUCAAUGUGAAGAAUAAGCAUGGUGGUGAGACAGUGGAUGUCACUGUGAGUGUGUACAAGCAUGGUGAGGAACUUCCACCUGCCAAGCUUCCACCAUCACAUAAACCUGCCCCUGUGGAUCCUGCCCCAGCAGCCCCAGCCCCAGCUGCACAGCCUCAAGUCCAACCAAUGAAGAAAGAGCCCACAACUAGAUAUGGGCGACCAUCUAGGAAGUGAGAAAUGAAGACAGAUACUAUGUCUAACAUAGGGUAAGCAUGGUAUGAGCUGUAGUGAAUCUAAACAAAAUGAACUUUAUGUCACACAAUUUAGCAGUCUGCACUGCUCUGUAUCUUUUCUUUUGAUUUGCCCUACAUUGGCACUGUCUUUGAUGUUGCAUUACUGUACAGUAAAUGUUUAUACAAGAUAACCUGUUUUAAUGGUGAAAAAUGAUAAUGACCAUAACACUUCAUAACUUUUGGGGGUGGACAACAAAGAUGAAAAAAAAGACUUCACUGUAGCAAAAGCUGGAUAUCUCUACCACCCCUCUACUGACUAAAAUAAAAUAUUUUUAUGUAUAAUAGUACAUAAUAUUGAUAGCAAUAAUGAUUUCAAAUGUUUCAUAGUAUUUGCUACUCUUCUGAUAAUGUAGUAAAACAUUUGGCGUUCAUUUUCUUUAUGUGAUGACAAUGUUGUUACACUAUAUACCCCUUUCACCAUUCUUUCUUUCAUUGUGAUGUUAUUCUUCUGGUCAAUCAUCCCUGAGUAGAUGAGCUACUUAGAUAAUACAGUUUAUUGAUUGUUUUCUGUCUUCCUGUAGUUUGCUAAUAAAGCUUCUUUGUCACAACCAGUA